CCAGAUUCCGAGUACACACUAACUACUUCAAUUGGAAUCAAAAGGUACUUGAUAUUUCUAUAACACCCAAAGCUUUUAAAUCCGAUAAAAUUAGCAUUUUAUGACUUAGAUUUCCAAAUUACGAGGUACGAGAAUCCCGCGAAGGCAGCACGAGUACAUAUUAACAGAUCAUGUGAUCAAACGGAGAGGACUGAAGGAAGAAGCCGUUGUCAACGGCUCUUUCAUCCUUAAGACACCGGAGCAAGAUGACUAACAUGUGCACCAGCGUCCAGCCUGUUGAAUGGUCCACCGACCUCAAGAACCAGAAUUUUGAUGGCAUCGUGUUGGUGACCCAAGGCCAUGACACGCUGCCCUCCGAGCUCGAGUGUCUGAAAGCACCGCUGCAGGACUACAGCUCUGUGGACAGUGGUCUGGGGGAGGAGGUGGUGGUCCUGAAGGUCCCUGGUCUCCCUGGUAACCGCCUGGUGUUUGCCUCCACUGGCCCGGUAAACCGCGACUACGAUGACGUCAGGCGCUUCAGUGAUGCAGCGGUCAACGGAAUCAAAAGGGCUUUGAAAGCAGGCAUGCAGCGCCCCUUGCUGGUCUGCCCUCCACACCAGGACUAUAAGAACAGCACCGUGGUGGCUGCACUCGGGGCCCUUCAUGCUCUCUACAUGCCCCUUGAAGUGCGGGAGGGGAACGUAAAGCCCACCAACUACAAGGUGUGUGUUCUGGGUCUGUGGGCAGCAGAGGAGGCUGAGGGACAGAGACUGGUGGAGAUAACCGAAGCUCUGGAGAGUGGGAGACUGGCAUGUCGUGACAUUGGUGGCUCAGACCCUGAACGUAUGGCUGCUCCUCGUGUGACUGAGUACGUCCAGGAACUCUUCAAAGACAGCCCUGUACAGGUCGAAGUGAUCAGCGACGUGAAGGUUCUGGAGAAAGAGUAUCCCUGUCUCGCUGCAGUCAACCGCUGCGCUGACAGUGUACCCCGUCACCAGGGCAGAGUUAUCAAGCUGCAGUACUGUGGAGAGGGACCUGUCCAAAAGACGCUCAUGUUGGUGGGAAAGGGCAUCACCUACGACACUGGCGGAGCCGACAUCAAGGCUGGUGGUUACAUGGCCGGGAUGCACAGGGACAAGUGUGGAGCUGCUGCUGUGGCUGGCUUCUUCCUGACUUUAGCCAAGCUGAAGCCAAAACAUCUGAAGGUUGUCGGCUCCAUGGCCAUGGUGAGGAACAGUGUCGGUGCAGACUGCUAUGUGGCCGAUGAACUGGUGGUUUCCCGUGCGGGUCGCAGAGUGAGAGUGGGAAACACUGAUGCUGAGGGACGCAUGGUGAUGGUCGACCUGCUCUGUGAGAUGAAGGAGAAGGCUGUAUGUGAGAUUUCUCCUCAACUGUUUACUAUUGCUACUCUGACUGGUCACGCCAUCAGAGCCAUGGGACCCAACUACUCUAUCAUCAUGGAUAAUGGACCGGCCCAUCGCAACAAAAAUGCCACUCAGUGGCAGAAAGCUGGAGAGGCGUUGGGCGAUGUGUUCGAGGUGUCCAGUAUCAGACGAGAGGACUAUGACUUCCACAAGGGAAAGUCUGAGUACGAGGAUAUUCUCCAGUGCAACAACCUGCCGUCCUCCGCUACACCUCGAGGACAUCAGACCCCUGCAGCUUUCCUCAUCAUGGCCUCCGGGCUUGACAAGCAUGGUGUGGAUUCUAACACACCUCUGCCGUACUCCCACAUUGACAUUGCUGGGUCCAGUGGUCCUUUCCCCGGUGUCCCAACAGGAGCCCCCAUCCUCGCCAUGGCAACCAACUACAUCCUGUAUGAUAGUCUCUAAACAGAUA